UUAGCUGAGGUUUUAUAACUAAAAGUAAAACCCUAAGAUAUUAGAGAGGGUUUUUGCGACGCCAUUUCUCAGAGCUCCGCCAUGAAAAGUCUCUCAAUCUCCCUAAUCCGUCGCCUCCAAUUCCACAAAUUCAAACCAAUCCCACCGCUACUCCGGCUAAUCUACAUCUCCGAUGCUCCUGCUUCUUCUUCAUCUCUCCUCUCCUCACCACGCGAAAUCUCCACUUCCUCCCCGACCCUCAACAACAACCACUUCUUCUAUAACCCAUGCCGAAACCUAACCACCCACGUCGAAGACCCGCCGGAGACUCCAAUAGACCAGGAAAAACUCGAUCUCGAAGAAGCCUUCGAGUCAGCGACCACCACCGACGAAAUGGUCCGUCUGUUCAAGCAGAUGGAGCUAACCUUCGAAGGCAACGAGCUAGGCCUAUCCGCUCUCAAGCUAGGUCUCCACCUCGAUCGAGAAGGCGACGAUCCCGAAACGGUCCUCUCUUACGCAACCAAAGCUCUCAGAUCGUUCGAUGUAGAUAGUAAACCGAAUCUCCUAACCGCCAUGGCUUUGCAGCUCAUGGGAUCCGCUAAUUACGGUUUAAAACGGUUUAGCGACGGUUUGGGUUACUUAAACAGAGCGAACCGGAUUCUCGUUAAGUUAGAGAAGGACGGAGACUGCGUGGUUGAAGACGUUAGGCCGGUUCUCCACGCGGUCCACCUCGAGCUCGCGAACGUCAAGAACGCUAUGGGGAGGAGAGAGGAAGCGAUUGAGAAUCUGAAGAAGAGCUUGGAGAUCAAAGAGAUGGCUUUCGAGGAAGAUAGCAAAGAGAUGGGCGCGGCGAAUCGUAGUCUUGCUGAUGCCUAUGUUGCGGUUUUGAAUUUUAACGAGGCGUUGCCUUACGCGUUGAAGGCGUUGGAGAUUCAUAAGAAGGAGCUGGGGAGUAACUCUGCUGAAGUGGCGCAGGAUAGGAGAGUUCUCGGAGUGAUCUACAGUGGCUUAGAGCAGCAUGACAAGGCCUUGGAGCAGAAUAGGUUGUCUCAGAGGGUGCUGAAGAAUUGGGGGAUGAAAGGGGAGCUGAUCCGCGCGGAGAUCGAUGCUGCUAACAUGAAGGUUGCGUUGGGGAGGUAUGAUGAAGCUAUAGAUGUGUUGAGGAGGGUUGUGGAGGGGACUGAUGAAGGGAGUGAGAUGAGGGGGAUGGUGUUUAUAUCGAUGUCCAAGGCUUUGGUGAAUCAGCAGAAGUUUGCUGAGUCGAAGAAGUGUUUGGAGAUGGCUUGCGAGAUUCUGGAGAAGAAGGAAGGUUCUUCCCCUGUUGAAGUGGCUGAGGCCUACUCCGAGGUGGCGAUGCAGUACGAGUCGAUGAACGAGUUUGAAGUAGCGAUUUCGUUGCUGCAGAAGACGCUGGGGAUACUGGAGAGGCUGCCUCAGGAGCAGCACUCGGAAGGGAGCGUCGCGGCUAGGAUUGGUUGGUUGCUUUUAUUCUCCGGUAGAGUCUCUCAAGCCGUUCCUUAUUUGGAAAGCGCGGCGGAGAGGUUGAAGGAGAGCUUUGGUGCUAAACAUUUUGGAGUUGGAUAUGUUUAUAAUAAUCUCGGCGCUGCGUAUUUGGAACUGGGGAGACCUCAGUCCGCUGCUCAGAUGUUUGCUGUUGCUAAAGACAUUAUGGAUGUUUCGCUUGGUCCGAACCAUGUUGAUUCGAUCGAUGCUUGUCAGAAUCUUUCAAAGGCUUAUGCCGGAAUGGGAAACUAUAGCCUUGCAGUGGAGUUUCAGCAGCAAGUAAUCAAAGCUUGGGAUAACCAUGGAGAUAGCGCGAAAGAUGAAUUGAAAGAAGCCAAAAGGCUUUUCGAGGAGUUGCGGUUGAAGGCUCGUGGUGGCGUUUCAACAGAUAAGGUUCCUACAAAGGCUUUACCUUUGCCUAAGAAGUGAGCUUUGUGUGGUUCUUUUUUUUUAACCUAAGAUAUUGAGCUUUGAAGUCUCUUUGUUACAAAAAGACACGAAGAGACACGACGUGUCAUAAUCUCUAAAACUAGCUCUAUCUUGUGCGAGAGCGCAAGUAGAACCAGAUCUUCUUUUUUUUU